AGGAGGAAGGUUCACACCGUUCAUUGAACAGCCAAGAGGGGGAGCAGAGUUUACUCAAGCCAUUAGGCGGCGCUAUUUGCAACUGUCGACUGCACUCGCACCGCGUGUUUUCAGACUUGAAAUGGACAACAUGAAGCAAGAAGACCCCGAAACCAACGUGAAAGCCCAGGCCCGAUGUUGCUCUUUGGCCUGGAAGUACUUCAUCAAAAACGAGGACGAUGGCACUGUUUAUUGCAAGCUGUGCAAAACUAACUUUAAGUUCUGUUCAAAUACAGCUAAUAUGAUUAAACACCUCAGAGUGAAACAUCGACUGAUCCUCCCCACAACCGCAUACGGGGCUGAAAGACUAUGUACGGAAGAUCCGGAGCAGAGCAGCAUCGACAUGGAUCCCCCACCUCAAAGGUUUCCUGGAAGUAUUGGCGCACCAAACCUUAAGAGAAAAAUUGAUCGUUUUUUGCCCUAUUCUGAUCGACGCACAUCAAAAGUGUGGAACCACUACACUCAGUUAAGUUUGCAUCGUGUUGAGUGUAAUCAUUGUAAGAGACAGCUUUCCUUUCACAACAGCACCACUUCCAUGAGAGAACACAUAGGACGCAAACACGGCAUUUGGGAAGGAGCAGCACCACCUCACAACACAGCAGGAAUCCCCACCCCUACUGCCUUACAUCCUCACAUGGUUCAGACCACUUUACAUCGUAGCAGAUUAACAGCAUGUAACACCACAGGUAAUGUGCUGACUGCUGCAUUUCAGCCAAUGUUACCUGUUACUGUCAAAGAGGAACAGCAAGAGGUACUGCUUCCUGAGAUGGGGGAGACCAAGCCUGCUCGGAUCUCAUGUGCCCCUGGCUUUGCUGGAGGCAGUACCUCUAGUUCUAAUGCUGUUCCCCACCAAGUGAGCUGCCUAUUGUAUAAUUUUUCUUCAGGGGAGAUGAACAGCACAGCUGAAAGCCGCGGCAACUGCAGUGAUGCAAGAGGCAGCAGUAACAAGCGAGCUGAGGUGUUAACUGAUCUUAUCUUGGAGAUGAUAUUUAGAGAUCUUCAGCCAUUGUCUGUGGUGGAAGAGAGGGGAUUCAGACUCUUGCUGGGUUGCUUAGAGCCUAAAUAUUCCGUGCCUUCUCCAUCUCUGCUUGGCAGCCUACUUUGGCAUCGCUACCAUAAUCUUAAACAAUACCUUCAGCAGCAUCUUAAGACUGGACUGGCCUCUCACUCUUUGGCCCUCUGCACUGAACACUGGCAAUCUGUAGAAGGAUGUGGGGUUGGAGGAGAUGGUCAGUCCUACCUUACGGUCAGUGCACAUUUUGUAGACGCUCAUUGGCACCUGGCACGUUGUGUGCUUGAGACACGGCCAAUACCAGAAUUCAGUGGUAACGGAUCUGGAAGAGGGUAUGCUCGUUUUGCGGACACUUUGAGAGCAAUACUUUCGGAGUUCCAACUUCCAGAGAAUUUUGUGUUCUGUGUUGUGCAUGACAGUCCCUCUGGAACGGAGGCCAGGGGGCAAGAGAAUAUGGCCAUUGAUCCAGAAUAUCAACAAGAAUUUGCUGGACCCAGUCAUCCUCCUCCUAGUAAUCUUCCUGAGGGUUGGGCACCUAUACUUUGUGCAGGACAGGCCCUGAAGCUCUGUGUCCAGGAGGGGCUUUGGGUCGAGACCGUCAGACAAGCUCUUGCGGAUGCUCGGGGCAUUGUCUUACAUUUCCAGCAUAAUGUGAAUGCUGCUACAGCUCUGAGCCAGAAAGCAGAGGCUGUUAGUAAAGAAUCAGCAAGCCUUGUGUUGAAUGACCCCGACCGUUGGACCACUGCCAUUGAGAUGUGUGAGAGUCUACUGGAUCUCAAAUGGGUGAUAAGCUCAGUAUUAGAAGAACAAAAAGUAGCACCAAACCUAGCAGAUCAUCAGUGGCGUCUUAUACAUGAACUUGUGCCCGUGCUUAAAACUGUCCGCAUUGCGGCAUCAUUUCUGAGUGAGGACAUCAAUGGCCCGAUUUCUGCCCUAAUGCCAUGCCUCCAAGGAGUGUCCCGGCUCCUUGGACAGAAAAUUGCAGAGUGCAGCUGUCCAGUGGUGAGGGGAGUUAUGGAGAGAAUUCGUGCUGGAAUGGACAAACGCUGGAGUCUGAGUGAUGAAGAUGCUCUUCUGGACAGCCCUGCUGCGCUGUCCUCAUUUCUGGACCCACGUUUUAAAGAGUUGCGGUUUCUUAGCCCACAUGCCCGCAGCAAGCUGCAUGACAAGGUGAAAGAGCUGCUUUCGGUUCAAGCUUACACAAGUGAAGAAGGAAGGAGCGGAGAGAGGGUUCAAAGCAUGGAAAUGGAAGACAGUGUGGAUGAAAGAGGAGAACCUCCAAUUUUUGAGUUGGAUGAUCCCUUGCCAAUGCCUGCGAUGGCAUCUUUGGACUCACCUGAAUCAUGUGGCUCAGCAGAGGAGGGUGACAGCAUUGAGUUUAAGCCAUGCAAGCCCUCUGUUGCUGUGUCAUGUCCAGAACAGGUCAAUGAAAAUGCACUUGAUGUUGGUUCGCCCAUUAGCAGUCGUACUAGAAGAAGAAUCAGUAGAAGACCUUCUAGUGGGACUACUCUGACAUCGCCAUUGAGAGGAGAUUUACAGCUCAAUGCUCGCACACGAAUGAGUCCUAUUCCCCAGAGUAUGUAUGACAUUCUUUUGGGGGAGGACCCCACUGAAAGAAUGCCUGAGAUUCACCAGCAGCUGGAAAAUUACAUUGCAGAGCCCCUUUGUAAACGUAGCCUCUCACCACUGCAAUGGUGGUGCAACAAGGAACACCGGUUUCCUGCUGUGGCUAGACUGGCAAGAAAAUAUCUAUCCAUACCGGCUACUGCCGUUUCUGCAGUUCAGGCCUUUGCUCCAAGAGACUCUCCAGUGACCCAAAGAAGGGCCACAUUGGGAUCUAAACAUCUUGACCAUAUUUUAUUUCUUCAUCAGAACGCUGAUUACGUGGAUCAGUUAAAAGGUGGCACCUCUGGACGGGAAACUGACCAGAGGAAUGCUGUAAGUGGGAACCAAAGCAGAGACAAUCUUUACCAGACUCUUGUAUCCUAUGAAAGUAAGAUUCACGUGUCUGAUGAGGAAUCAUGAUCACUGUUUAUGUACAUAUGGACAAGGUCAUACUGACAGUUCUGUUGACAGAAUGGAGGUAGAAAUUUGCAUUUGAAGACAAGAAGGCUUUGUCUUACACCACAAAAUAAGCUCCUUUUAAUAUAUUGCUUAUCUGACAUGAGAGUUGUAGUGAGAUAUGAAUACAGUCAAACUGCACUGCUGUAUAAAUAAGCUUUGAAGUACCUAAUGGUGAUUCCUUGUACAAGGAGCUAGUGACACUAACAUUUAAUAUAGUCUGGUCUCUAAGAUGUCUGAGGAUCUGUGUAGUCAUUGUCUUGUGACUAAUGUUGAUAAUGUUUUACUAAAUCAGUGAUUGUUAACUGCCUGUAAUGCAUUACAUAAUUGAUUAUUAUAUGUUGUUACAUGGUUAAAUUUGGUAUAUACUGUUACUUUAAUAUUGUCACUUUACAGUGUUGUAAGCAUUACAUGGAAUCCAUUGUCAAGCUCGUGCAUGCAUUUCAACAUCAUUGCUUCCUCCUUUCAUAUUUAUGGGGAGUAUUAUGUACUAGGGCUUGCACGACUUUCAAUUUGUACUUGUCACUGUUAUGUAAAUGACUCCCUACACACUUGGUUUGUAUGUAAACACUCCAAAUGAACUCAAUUAACAAAUUAACCAUCUCUGAUAUCCACAUCGCCAAUGUGGUUCGCUUAUAUCGUGCUUUAUUAACACAACGUGCUAUGGGUCCACUUUCUUUUAUACUUUUAUAUUUUGUGUAAUCCAAAAUGUAUUUGGCCAUUACGGUUUACUAUACAAAGCUAUUAACACACAGCUACGCAGAGAAAAGCUUUGUGGACAGAGGAAUUCUCUUCCUGCUGUCACAAUGUAUAUAACAAGCGCAACUGAAGUCGGUGCAACCCACUAUUAUGGACUUGGAAAUGAGGUAUUAGUUGACUUUUUGCUACUUGCAACAGUGGACUUCAUCCUUAACAGUGUACCCUAUAGGCAGCAUGUACAUAUUAAAGUGUUUUAUCAAAUAUUUUGGAGUUUGGACAUUACAGAUGGAAAAUGACAGGUUUUGGAUUUGUUUUUAUUUUGUUUAACAAUACAAUAUUAAAACAUUUACUCCAUUAAAAAUCGAACAUAACCAAACACCUUACAAUAUAUAAUAAACAUUAAAAGUGAAAGUCAACAAUUUCUCACAAAGUUGUUGGAUGAUUCAGGGUUGCUAAAUAAUGUAAAGUAAAUGUUUUAGUUUAAUCCUUUUGUAAUGUGCAUACUAAAAUGGUGCCUUAGCAGUAAUAAUAAUAAUAAAAAAAACCUUAUAGAUCACAUGGCUUUUGUGCGAUGUAAAAGAUAGGAUAGUAAGCUGACGUGUACUUGCAUAACCAACUUAAUGUAUCCUAAUGACUAUAGGUUUGUUGUAAUAAAGGUAUAUUUAUAGCAUAACUUAAUUCAAAUGUAUGCACUUUUAACGCAAAAAGAGAUGGGAGGCUCAAUUGUAAAUCUAAACUGAGUGAAAACAUUGAAUCUGAACUUGAUGAGAACAUUUAUAAUCAGUUAAACAUGGGGGGGGGGGGUGUUUUUUUUUUUUUAAAUUUGUUUAUUUUAUAAAACCAUCAUACAACAGUAACUGAUCUAGUACAUUUAAAAUCUUUUUCUUUUGCCUUGAGUCCCUUGUGUAUUUUCCAAUUUUGGAAAUUGUAAGUUUUUUAAAUUUAAUUUCAAAAUUAAAAUCAAGGUAAUGACACUUCUCAUUUAAAAGUGGGCUACUCUAUAGAUGAGGAAGCUCUGAUUUGAUUACCUUUAAAAGGUAAGGACUUGACACCUAUUCUCCACCAAAUUCCCAAAUAUCUGAACAUCUCUAUGCCUAGUCAGUGACUUCUUAAGUAUAUUUACUGCAAACUUAAAUGCACUUCAUGACUUUGCAGUGGACUCCUCUGCAACAUUUAAGGGACAAUUUACAUCUGGCUUCUGCUCUGACCUUUGUCCUUGCUGGCCCAACGCUGUCUGGAGUUGGUCUGUCCUGAUCGACAUGGGAGAGUGUGUCUUCAAAUAUCUGUUGUUUAAAAGGUAAAAAUGUCAUUUUUUAAUGACCGAUUUUAGAGAAAAGGUGUGGAAUGUAAAAAUGAACUCAUUAGUAAGAAGCAUGCUUCUUACUGUCCGUACAUGUAUCUUAACCCAAAACUAAAAAUAAUCUUCUAGCAUCUGAGUGGGUCCUUGUAUAAUAUUUGUCAACAGCCUGUACAAUCAGUACAGUGUCAUAACUACAUUUUCUGUGAUGAAUAGUGUUGAAAAAUCUUUACAAAUAUUUCCUGUUUGUGUAACUAUUUUAAGCUGAUGUGUUAUUUUAUUAAAUGUUUUUCAAAUACA